AUUCAAAACAUGUGGAUUGGACCUGGAGAGAGAAAGAGAGGGGAUAAGGCGGUGCAGUUUAGGGUUUUUGGGUCUUCUUCAGAUUUGCAUUUUGGAGCUCCACUGGACUAAAAACUCUAUUUAUCUCCAAAUCAAUACUAUUUCUGGAAGUAACUCUCUCCCAUCUCCCUCUCUAGGAAGUUAAAGCAGAACUUGAAGAAGUUCCAUUAAUGGCGGCGACAAGCACGUCAAUAUUUGCGUCUUCCACGCGGCCUUUAUCGGCCACGAAGUAUAAUUCCACUGGAAAAGCAAACCCAUCUUUAUCAACCGCACAUGUUAGUAGCUUUAUGGGCGCUUCAUUGCGAAGGAGUUCUCUGAAAAACAAGAAAUUAAUCAGAAUUAGUGGAACAGUGAAUGCUGCCGCAACUGUCACAAUACCAACUUUGGAAGAAACUAAAGAGUACGCACUUCCUUCCUGGGCUAUGUUUGAACUGGGAAAGGCUCCUGUAUAUUGGAAAACCAUGAACGGUCUUCCUCCAACUUCUGGAGAGAAGUUGAAGCUUUUCUACAAUCCAGCUGCAGCUAAACUUGUUCCAAACGUAGAAUACGGGAUUGCUUUUAAUGGAGGUUUCAAUCAGCCCAUCAUGUGCGGUGGUGAACCAAGGGCAAUGCUUCGGAAAGAUAGAGGCAAAGCUGACACCCCGAUUUAUGUUAUCCAAAUAUGCGUUCCUAAGCAUGCCCUGAACUUGAUCUUCUCAUUCACAAAUGGGGUUGACUGGGAUGGUCCUUACAGACUGCAGUUUCAGGUCCCUAGAGCUUGGCGAAACAGACCAAUUGAAUUCUUCAACCAGGGUCUGGCUGAAGAAUUGAGUAAAGAAGGUGCCUGUGACAAAGCAAUCUUUCCCGAUACAAACGUUGUGAUCACAAGAUGUGCUAUGAUCGGUAACUUAGCAGUUGAAGGAGGUGAUCGUUGCAAUCUUGAUCUCGUUCUUGGAUGCAUGGAUCCUAAUUCGUACUUAUAUAACCCACUGGCAAACGUAGAUGAUGGAUCCUGCCCGCUUGAAUCUGAUUCCGAGUAGAGCUUCAAACUCCACAUCGAAAAAUCUUAUACACCCGCAAAGCCUGCAAGUACACAACCUAAGAUUGUGAAACUGCUGCUUCCCCCAACAAUAUUCAAUUGGGGAAAAUACAAAAACAGAGCUAUUGUAAAUUGGGUUAAAAGGUGAAUAUCUCAAUACAUGUCAAGAAUGGUUCAUUGCUCCAUUCUGAUGUAUAAAUAAAUCUCUUUUUUACUUUGUAGUUGUGAAACUUAAAAUGCAGAUCAUACAUAUAUAUAUAUGUGUAUGUAUAUUUGAAGUGAAAGGAAUUGAAAGUUGGCACAUGACACAUUUA